CUUUUUUAUACUUUUCAAAGUUUUAAGCUUUUUGGAGUCUGUCAAUGGCUGGAGUUUUAUCAGUUCUAAGACGCAUUUACCUCACACUUUACAAUUGGAUUGUCUUUUUUGGAUGGUUUCAAGUUUUUUAUCUUGCUGUGAAAACUCUGAAAGAGUCUGGGCAUGAACAUGUCUAUGAUGCUGUAGAGAAGCCUUUGCUUUUAGCUCAAACCGCCGCCAUUUUAGAGAUACUUCAUGGUUUAGUGGGUUUGGUAAGAUCGCCAGUAUCAGCAACUCUUCCACAAAUAAGUUCAAGAUUAUAUGUAACGUGGGGUAUUCUAUGGAGUUUCCCUGAGCUUCGGUCUCAUAUUCUUGUUAGUUCUCUAGUGAUUAGCUGGUCUAUAACGGAGAUCAUUCGAUAUUCAUUUUUUGGGACAAAAGAGGCAUUUGGUUCUGCACCUUCAUGGCUCUUGUGGCUAAGGUAUAGUACCUUCUUGUUGCUGUAUCCUAGUGGCAUCACAAGUGAAGUUGGUUUGAUAUAUAGCGCUCUGCCUUACAUCAAGGGAUCGGAUAUGUAUUCUCUUAGGAUGCCAAACAAAUGGAACUUCUCUUUCGAUUACUACUAUGCAGGACUUGUUGCCCUCGGUAUCUAUGUCCCAGGCAAUCCUCACAUGUACGGUUACAUGCUCGGACAGAGAAAGAAAGCUCUCUCCAAAUCGAAAAAGGAGUAGACUCAAUUGAAAUGUAGCUGUUGGAGAUUGCAUUUAUUCAAGCAAUUUUAAUCUUAAUCAAUGUAUUUCAACUGUUCAAUUUUUUCUUAUUA